GGUCUCUCUCGCUCGUUCUCUCCCUCUCGCUCACCCGGUGGCCGGGCGGGGACAGCGGGGCCGGGCUGUGUCCCAUGGCGCUGGCGGCCUCCCGAGCGCGGGCUCUGCGCGCUCUCAGCCUCCCUCAACCCCCGGGCCGGCUCCCGGUGCCGGCUCGGAACUGCUGCAGCCAACCGGGAGCCUCCGGGGCGCUGCCGCCCGGCGAGUACCGGGCCUGGAGGGAGCGGGCGGCCCGCGACCCCGCCGGGUUCUGGGCGGACGCGGCGCGGCGGUGGCUGCGCUGGGACAGUCCGUUCCACACGGCCUGCCAGCCUGGCUCGCCCGCUGGUUCCGCCCAUUGGUUCCUCGGCGGCCGCCUGAACGUCUCGGUAAAUUGCUUGGAUCAGCAUGUUGAAAAGUCUCCAAACAGAGUGGCUUUGAUUUGGGAGAGAGAUGAACCUGGCACUGCAGUGUAUGUCACAUACAGGGAACUUCUGGAUCUGACUUGCCGCCUUGCCAACACCCUGAAGAAAUAUGGGAUCCAGAAAGGGGACAGAGUGGCCAUCUAUAUGUCUGUGUCCCCCUUGUCAGUGGCAGCCAUGCUGGCUUGUGCCAGGAUUGGUGCUGUUCACACUGUAGUCUUCGCUGGAUUCAGCGCUGAGUCCUUGGCUGGGAGAAUCAUGGACUCUGGAUGCAAAGCAGUUAUCACCUAUAACCAGGCAGUCAGGGGAGGCCGAACCAUAGAGCUGAAGGCAGCUGUGGAUGAAGCUGUGAAGAACUGUCCAAGCAUCAGACAUGUGUUUGUGGCUCAGAGGACAGAUAACAAAGUCCAGAUGGGUGACCGUGAUAUUCUCCUUGAAGAGGAGAUGACCAAGGCAGAUUCCAUCUGCGCUCCGGAGAGCAUGGACAGUGAAGAUGUGCUCUUCAUGCUGUAUACCUCAGGCAGCACUGGGAAACCCAAAGGAAUUGUUCAUACCCAGGCUGGAUACCUGCUGUAUGCUGCUCUCACACACAAGUAUGUGUUUGACUACCAGCAAGGUGAUGUUUUUGGCUGUGUGGCCGACAUUGGCUGGAUCACAGGACAUAGCUAUGUUGUGUAUGGACCACUCUGCAAUGGAGCCACCUCUGUCCUGUUUGAAAGCACUCCAGUGUACCCUGACCCAGGUCGUUACUGGGAAGUGGUGCAAAGGUUAAAAAUUAAUCAGUUUUAUGGAGCACCUACAGCAAUACGCCUGCUACUGAAUUAUGGAGAAGAGUGGGUGAAGAAAUAUGACAGAUCUUCCUUGAAGGUUUUGGGUUCAGUGGGAGAGCCCAUCAACAAGGAAGCUUGGCAGUGGUUCUACCAGGUGGUGGGAGAAGGGCGCUGUGCCCUUGUGGACACAUGGUGGCAGACAGAAACUGGUGGCAUCUGCAUUGCCCCACGGCCCUCAGAGGAGAAAGCUGAGAUCAUUCCAGCUAUGGCUAUGAGACCUUUUUUUGGGAUUGUGCCUGUGCUCAUGGAUGAGAAUGGAGAGGUUAUAGAGGGCAAUGAUGUGUCUGGUGCACUCUGCAUUGCCCAGCCGUGGCCUGGCAUGGCAAGAACAAUCCAUGGAGAUCACCAGCGCUUUAUUGAUGCCUAUUUCAAAGCCUACCCAGGUUACUACUUCACAGGGGAUGGUGCUUACAGAUGCCAGAAAGGCUAUUACCAGAUAACAGGGCGCAUGGAUGAUAUCAUUAACAUAAGCGGACACAGGCUGGGGACAGCAGAAAUAGAAGAUGCAAUGGCUGAUCAUCCUGAGGUCCCUGAGACAGCUGUGGUUGGGUAUCCACAUAAGAUCAAAGGAGAAGGUGCCUUUGCUUUUAUAGUGCUAAAAGAGCAGACAACUCGUGUAGAUCAUAUCAAAGAAGAGCUCAAAACCAUAGUGGCUUCCAAGAUAGCAAAGUAUGCUGUGCCUGACCACAUUCUGGUGGUAAAGCGCCUCCCCAAAACCCGAUCAGGGAAGAUCAUGAGAAGGCUGCUGAGGAAAGUAGUCACUGAACAAUCAAGCAACAUGGGAGAUGUCACCACACUUGAUGAUCCAAGUGUUGUCAAGGAGAUAUUGGAUGCUUACCAGAAAUACAAGAAGAGUUCCUCAUAAUGGGUGACUCUGGAAUUUCUCUCCUUUGGAAAUGUGGAAGGUCUCAAAAUAACCAGGCAAACAGCAUAGUUCUCUCUCAGUGUUUUUUAAAAAAACUGUUUCCUUCUAGGGGAAGAUGAUUUUCCUCUCCACAACAUUUUUUGAGAUGGCAUGGGAGUAGGAGCAGUCUGCAGUUUUCCACCAUCAGUGAAAUCCUUUUCCUUGUGCUCAGGGCUUUUGUAGAGCAGCUGUUGGUGGUUUCCAUGAGCUGUGCUGAAAUUUAACAUGAGCUGAAGCAAGAUGCAGAUGUUAAUGUUCCUAUUUUUAAUGUUUCUGUACAGGGAAAUGUUUUUUAUAUAGUACUUCUUGCUGUUUUAAAACAAGCCCUUGAAAACAAUUUUUCCUUCAGCUUGGAUAUCUGACUUCAGGCACUUCACUGCAACUGUGGUACCUUUUCGCAAUUCUGGGUAUUCCAGCAGAUGUUUCAUAUGCAUUUCUAGGGACAUGAGAAGGACAUGGCUAGUCUGAUAAUUCCUCCUUGACUUCACCUAUUAUUGUAAUAUCUCCUUUGGCUUUCCUCAAAUGGAUUUGUUCCUACCACCCUGUGUCCUGGGACUUCCCAGGGAUUGUCAGAGAGCCUGUGGCCCUUCAUGUCUCACCUAGGUAACCCAGCACCAGCACUUACAGCUGCAAAAAGGAGCCACAAAGCCCAUGACUGGACUUCCUACAUAUCCUCAGUGCAUUGCUGCCAAGCUGAUUUACCAAAGAUUUAAGUGCCAUGUGGGUACCCACAAACUGCACAAUCCACUACAAAAGUGCCUCUUAGAUGCCUUGGGGAAAGUGACAGCAGCAUUCAAGGCCAGCAACCUCAGAACAGCAGGGAAGAACAGCCUUUGUCUUUCCUAUGCUUUCAGAAUUGCAAUUAAUGUAGUCAGUGUUUUAUUUCUUGAUUCAUUUUAUAAUGACCACAUUUCAGUUGAAGCACUCCUUAUAUUUGGGCUGUACAGAAGAAUUGGUAGGACUACUUAUUUCUGAGUUUAAUUGGAGCAACACUGCAUUUUCCAGGGUGACUAUGUACUGGAAAGACAAUUUGUGCACCUAACUGGAGGCAGGAAAGGCAGGAGGAAAAUGCGAGGUGGGUGAUCUGUAGGACUGGGAAAGGCAUGGGGAGUUUUUUGGCCAGCAGAGAUUCUGGUACCACAAUGGGAAGCAGGCUGCUUGAAGUUCUCAAAAACAGGUGUGUUGUCUGAGAUCCCAGAGUUCCUCCAAGGAUACCAGCUGCAUUUGCUUUUUAAAAAAAAAAUAUUUCAAAUGUCUCUAGGGACUGAAUAAUACAGUAAGGAAUACCAUGCUUUGUUAAAUAUCCCAUCUUUCUGGCUGAAAUGCAUUUUUACAUAAGAUAACACCUUGUGAACUUUCUGGGAAGUUGAAGAUCAGAAGAUUUGAAGAUUUGAUAGAGUUGACAGUAUGUCAAUAUUUUAGGAGAUAGACACUAUUGCCACUGUAAUAGGAAAAAAACUCAACCUGCUUCUUUAAGUAAUUUUCAAGUGGGAAGCAGACAAGAGUUAAUGUUUUUGACAGAAAAAGUACGCUCACUUGUUUAAACAAGUUGUUUCCAUGCAGUCUGAAAUAACAGUGUGGAGGAAGGAAAACGACUUUUGAACAAGAUUGCACACUUUCCUUUUAAUCAAGAAAGCAUUUCUUAUAUUAUGGACAUAGAAUUUCCUUGUCUUUUUGGCCAGAAAUUUCCCUGUGUGUUGUCCCAGUGGUCACAGACCCAUGGUUUUAAUUCAUCUGAACUGUCUCACAAACACUGUCUGUGUGAGGAGCAAUGUGCCCUUGGGCCCUGUGCUGCCUGCAUGGUGUUCUGCAGUGGACACAAUUUGUGCUGGGCAGCCUCAGUCUCUCCGUAAAACUGCACUUCUGCAAGUGUCCCAGCAUUGGCUCUUGGAGCUGACAGCCUGUGCCCAGCCAAUACAACGGCAACCUGAGUCUGGCAAAAACAGGGCUAGUCAGGGCUUGCAAAGAGUACUUCUAAUGGAAAGAAGGAUACUGUGCUUUACUGAGUAGGCUACUCAUAGAAAACUUUAAAUUGAAAUUGAAAUUUUAUAUAUUUCUUCCAGAGUUUAAAGUUUCUGUCCAGAGAAGUCCCCAUUUCUUCUUUCUACUCACUAUCUCUGCUAACAGUAGCAGUUGUCUCUUCACUGCAAGCUUGAGUUGAGCUUUGCAUUUUCAUCAACAACAGCACUGGUGUGUGGUGACAGUGCUUUCUACUUCAUAUGCAGUAGGCUUGUGGCUCAAUUCAGCCCACAGAAUUAGCACUGAUUUCCUCAGUGCCUGAAAUGCCAGAAAGGAGAAAGUUUCUGAAGUACCCCAGGCUUGCAAGGCUCUUAAGACAAGCUUAUCUUCACCAAUCAGUGGUCAGAUGUCAGUGGGAUAGUGGGACAAACUUGGGGACAAUUGCUUCAUUUAGAAAAGCAGAGCUGUUGAAUUUUUCUAAACCUUUCUGUGUUCAUGAGUGAUGUAUGGCUUGUUUGUCAGAUUGUCUUUGUAGCUUCAUUAAAAGAGAUCCAAAGUCAA